AUGUGGAAGCUUUGGCUUGCUACCCUUGUCGGCGCAGCCCAUGCGUCACAGACCGUGCUCCGACCAGACCCCUUGGAGUCGAACUUCACCACGUUUCGAAGUACGAAUUCACCCCAUUCCGUACGUAUCCGACAACAAAAUGAGUCUAUAUGUGCUGCCGGCUCUGCGCAGUACACAGGAUGGUUAGAUAUUGGCCCAAAGCACUUGUUCUUCUGGUACUUCGAAAGUCAGAAUGAUCCCAUCGCCGAUCCACUCACGUUGUGGAUGAAUGGUGGACCCGGGGGCUCUAGUAUGAUGGGCCUGUUUGAAGAAAACGGACCAUGUCUCAUAAACGAGUACGGCAAUGGGACCGUUCACAAUCCAUGGGGCUGGUCUAGAAACUCCUCAUUGCUUUUCGUAGACCAGCCAGCCGAUGUGGGCUGGUCCUAUAUUGACGAGGGCUACGAGGUUGCUCGCGAUUCGAAAGAGGCCGCGAUUGACAUGCGCAGCUUUCUUCAAAUUUUUGUGUCCGAGAUCUUCCCCCACAAACGCGAUUCCCCUUUCCAUCUCUCCGGUGAAUCUUAUGCAGGGAAAUACAUUCCCUAUCUCGGGGCUGAGAUUAUAACUCACAACCAGCAAUAUCCUUUGGAGCCUCAGAUCAACCUCAAGUCAUGUCUGAUAGGCAAUGGCUACAUGUCACCCAAGGACACUGCCUUCGGGUACUGGGAGACGCUUUGCACCACCAAUCCCGGCGUUUCCACGCCGGUGUUCAAUCAGACUCGGUGCGAUAUUAUAGCCACCAACAUGCCGCGAUGCAUGGAAGUCUACGAUACUUGCACCAAGAGCCUUGACACUGCAAUCUGCACGGCCGCAUCUUCUGUCUGCUACAAGGGAAUCAUCAGUUGGUACGAAGAAGAGAGCAAGGCAGGCGGCCGUAACCGCUUCGACAUUACAGCCCCAUGCUAUCUUGACGACGUAUGCUACAAAGAAGCAGGCUAUAUCGAGCAAUAUCUAAACUCACCUGUGGUUCGAGAAGCCCUGUCACCACCGGAAGGGGCCAAGGAGUACAAAAUGGAGUCCAUCACCGUGGUUGACGCUUUUGCAACGACAUCGGAAGUGAUGACGUCUUCAUCCGACCUUAUAAUUUUCCUGCUUGCUCACGGGGUGCAUUUCCUGGCCUACCAAGGAAACCUCGACCUAGCUUGUAACACGGCAGGAAACAUCCGGUGGGCCAACUCGCUUGCUUGGAAGGGACAGACUGAGUUUGCAUCGAAGCCGAUGCUUCCUUGGACUUCAAAUGUGGCGGGACGUAAUGAAACGGUUGGCACCGCGAAAGAGGUGCGUGUGCAGUUGGAAGGCCAGCCAGAGACAUCGCGGUUUGCAUUUGUGACGGUUAAUGCGGCGGGUCAUUUGCUUCCCCAGGACCGUGGAGAUGUGGCAUUUGAUAUUCUAAGCCGGUGGCUUGCGGGUGAUUCCUUUGUUUAG